UUUGGAUAUCCAAAACGCAAUGACUCGUGAUGGAAACCGCAUUUUGGCAUUCGCCGUCGACACGCCGUAUGCAGCUGCUCGUACGGACGUGUCUUCUUGCGCUUCUCAGCGUCGUCGCCGCCGCAGCCGUCGGGUCGGCCGGGGCGCUCUCGCCGCUUUCGCUCUCGUUUGAUGGCGGCGCGCCGUUUCGCCACGUCAUCGAAAAGCCCAAGGCCACGUACGUAGCGGUGCAUUUUGCGAGCCUUGACAUACCCAUCAACGGAACGCUUCGCCUCGUUGACAAGAGCGGGCAGGAUGUUGUGGCGUUUGCCGGCGGUGACCAUCGCGGCAGCUUCUUCGCCGAGUGGCUCGCGGGCGACGCCGUUACCCUUACGUACGACGCACCGCACUACGAGGCGCGGUCGACGCCCGUCUUUGUCAUCGAUAAGGUGGCCUUUGGACACCGCGUUGGCGUGACUGAAGAAAUUUGCGGCGAAGACUUUACGCGACCGGCAUCCUGCUACCGCAACACGAGCAUGCACGCGCCGAGCCGCGCCGUCGCCCGGCUUCUCAUCCAAGGCAUCUCCGAGUGCACGGGGUGGCUCAUUGGGUCCGAGGGUCAUUUGAUUACAAACGAACAUUGCAUCGGUAUCGACGAAGACGGGAGCGAAGUGCAAGUCGACUUGGGGGCCGAGUGCGACUGCGACGACGCGAGCCAGCACAACGUCCACGGCGCGUGCAAGGGCACGAUCGUCGCAACAAAUGCUACGUUUGUCAUGUCGGACACGGCCAACGACUUUGCGCUCUUCAAGCUCAACGUCAAGGACGGCGUGGAUUUGAGCCAGUGGGGCUACCUCCAGGUGCGCGCGUCCGGGCCGGCGCUCGGGGAGCACGUGUACGUCUCGGGCCACCCCAACUUUUGGAGCAAGCGUGUGUCGGCAUAUGUGGCGAACAACGUGAUGGGGGAAAUUACCAAGCUUAGCCACGACAUGGACAAUGGACCGACGCCGUUGGAGUCGUGCCAGAAGGACGAGUUCACGUACAACCUCGGGACGCUUGGGGGCAACUCGGGCUCGCCUGUCCUCUCGGCCAAGGACCAUGUGGUCGUCGGCUUGCACAACUGCGGGUCGUGCGGCGAGUAUGGCAACGGCGGCAUCAAGUUCAACAAGAUCGUGGCGCAGCUCGAGAGUAAAGGCGUGCUGCCGCCCAAUGCGAUCGCCAAGACUCACUGCUGAACGAAUAACGGCAUCUAGAUAGAAGUAGGACUCGCUGGUACUGUAGUAUACGUUUAAAGCUGAUGUUUUCGACUUGAG